GUUAUUAUCAAUAGGGAAACAUAGUGUUUUAAGUAAAGUUUUAUUUAUAUAUUAAAAAUAAACGUCUUAUACAAACAUGCCGACUUAUGAAAUGCCAUUAUUAUUACGAUUGUCAACCAAGGCGGAAUAUACAACUGCUUUAAAAACUGUGGCAAAUUCAAUAUUUGAAACAGGUGGAUUUAUUAGAAAAAUUGAAAAUUGGGGUACUAAAGAACUUCCAUGUAAAUCAGUUGCCCAUGGUAAAACUCAUACGCAUGCUAAUCAUUUUAUGAUUUGUUUCGAUAUAUCACCAUCUCAAGUUUCCAAGAUCGAUGAUGAUUGUAAAAGAAACAUAAGUGUCAUUAGAGCAAAAAUAUUUAAACCAUCUGAAUCAACAAAACAGGAAUGUACACUACACGAAGAAUUACUACCUCCAUCUUAUAGACCUAAGCUUCAGAAGCUUUUGGAAGAAGCUAGAAAACGUAAAGGUGCUGAAAAUAAAUUUAAGUAUAAUUCUAGUCUUGAUUAUUAUCCUUUUAUGAGAUGA